AACGUAUGGUUAUACCACCACCAUUACUAAGAGAGUGUUGUGUACAAGGAACCGUGUGUGGGGAUGUUCCCAUCUGCAGUACCAGUGAAGGAGAAGAAACUCAUGGAUGUCAAACUAGGGGAGCUUCCAAGCUGGAUAUUGAUGCGGGAUUUCACCCCUAAUGGCAUACUUGGAGCAUUUCAAAGAGGGUACCACCGCUACUACAACAAGUAUAUCAACGUGAAGAAAGGGAGCGUCUCCGGGGUUUCUAUGGUGCUGGCGGCUUAUGUACUUUUCAGCUACUGCCUUUCUUACAAGGAGCUUAAACAUGAGCGGCUAUGCAAGUACCACUGAGGAGGGUGCACUCUGCUCUCCUGACCAUGACCUCCUUGGCCCAGCACCCCUCCAUGAGGAACUUGACCGUUGCUGAAUCCUUUCAUACCCUAAUGAGAACACCUUAAUAAAAGAUGACUAGUACCUGUGA